UCACUUAUUUAUAUUCUCGUGAACACCGCGAACAUCCAGUCUUGCUUGAAAACAGAAGUUUAUCUUACAACAUAUUAAACGUUAUUCCACGCUUGUUUUUAUAGCUGACAGCAAUAUGGUGAAUUUAAACGUGGACAGUACCUUCUAGCAUCCCCCAAGCGUACUUUAGUGGAUUCUACCGUUUUCCCGCAACAAGGUAGACUUUCAGCUCGCUUUUGAAUUUCGUGUGAACUGUCAGUGAUAUAAGAAGGACAACGCGUUUGGGUAGGCAGACGUAAAAAGGAAACAGUAACGCAGAGUUUUAGUCAGCUCACUUGUUGUGGAUUACUGCGCAGUUAACGGCAUACAUGUACAACUACGGAAAUCCAGGCAGAGGAAUCGACCGGACUUUCCCAGAUAACAGCUCUGGAUCAGGACCGAGCUCUGCCUCCAUCACGACAACCACUGUGACAUCUCAGCAACAGCAGAAGUAUUCUGUGGCAGGAUCAGGCCAAUUUGUGCCCAGUCUCAAUGCUAUAACUUCAAACCAAGACCUUCAAUGGAUGCUUCAGCCCUCCCUCGUGGGCACCCCGGGGCCAUCCAGGGCACUCCGGCCACCUUACCCACUUCCACCAAGAGUGCCAUCUAUGAAUCCUCAACUCACCCAUUCACAUCUAUCCCGACCAGGUGUUAUAAGAGCACCUACAGGCGCUGGAAGCUCAACAAGAAGCAGAGCUGAAGAUCAUCUAUCUCCUGAUGAGCUUGAGAGGCGCAGAAUCCGAAGGGAACGAAACAAAAUGGCUGCGGCCAAGUGCAGGAAUCGUCGACGGGAACUGACUGACUCAUUGCAGAGUGAAACCGAUCAGCUGGAGGAUGAAAAAUCACGCCUUAAGAAGGAGAUCUCUGAGCUCCAGAAGGAAAAAGACAAGCUAGAGUUGGUACUUGAGGCCCACAGACCCAUCUGCAAAGUCCACGAUUCAGACUCUGAUUCUGACUCCAACAGCGACCUCCCCGCCCUGAGUGGAAUCAAGAUCGAGCCUGUCGACCAAGAUCUUCCCGGACCUUCUGGAAAAUCAAAAAGCCACUUUAAGCCUUACAAACCGAAGCCGAAAAUAACCAUCCCGCCUCCUCCAGCUGCAGCAUCCUCUGCUGCCAGUGUACCCAUGGAUUCUGAGUCUCUUCAUACCCCCAUCCUUAUUUCUACUCCGUCUCUGACUCCGUUUACUGCCAGCCUGGUCUUCAGCUAUCCCUCUUCUACACUAGAUACCAGCUCUGUCAUUACAUCUCAAAGUCUCUCUGCCUCUCAACAGGGUACCAGUCAGUCUCGAAACCCACAGCCAUGUGGCGUUGCUCAUCGCCGAAGCAGCAGCAGUGGGGAUCAGUCAGAUCAUUCUCUUAAUUCACCAACCAUUCUCACCCUGUGAAACAUCUGUUUUGUUUUCAAGUGUCCUUACAGGCAUAACAAGUAGAGUAGUGCAUACGUAUACAUGCAUUAUGUUUAUACUUAAAGGGUAGUUCACCCAAAAAUUUAGAUUUUGUCAUCAUUUACACACACACAACAUAAAGAAAGAUAUUUUGUUUGUAACCAUCUCGGGCACUAUUGACUCCCAUAGUAGUAUGGAAGUCAGUGGUGCUUCUGUUUUUUGCAUCAUUACAAAUAUCUUCCCAAAGAAAUUAAUACAGGUUUGUAACAACACCUGGGUGAGUAAAUGAUGACAGAAUUUUCAUUUUUGGGUGAACUAUUCCUUUUAAGUAUUCUGUGUCUGCUUUUAAUAAUUACCAAGCUACCCAAAUGCACUAUAAAAGCACACAUAAGUGAAGUGUUUAACUUAAAAUGCUUAAUAUGCAAAGACGGUUUUAAAUAAGGCUUAGUAGGUUGACUUCCCCUCAAAAACUCUGGUGGUAUUAUAUAGUUUUGUGUGGUUGAUCAUUUCAACUAGACUUGCGUAGUAAAAACAUUGUCUCAACCGGUCUUGUGAGUUUUUUUCCAAUGGCAGAUGGGGGAGUGGCCAGGAAGCUUAAAAAUAUUUAUUUUAUUUUAUUGAUUACCUAGUGACCAAGAAGUUCUAACUUCAUAUUUUAAAAGUAAACAUGUUUUUUGUAAAGUAAUAUAACACAAAGAAGUGACUGACCGUCCUUAACAUUUGACUUUAUUAGCAUUAAUAAUAGUGUUAUUGAAAUAUCCAUUUACUUUAACUAUAUAUGUAUAGACACCUACAUAGAUUUGGUGGUGGUACUGUUGCAGUUGAAUAUCUGGCCUGCUAGUAAAAUGUUUAAAAGGUUACUGUACGAGCUAUACAGUUAUUGUAAGCACAAUCCAGAUCUAUCGUUAUCAUUCUCUUCAGUAAGAAAUGUUUUGUGUACUUAAGGUUAACAACAGUUUUUAUAAAGUAUCUUGAAAAGCUAUUAUUAUUAUUACAAAUAAUAAAUGGCAAGGCCUUGAUUGAAAUCAGGUUAAACAAUUGUCUCAAAGAAUUGUAGUGGGUUACAUCAUUUUACCAUCCACAUAUAGCUGUGGAUGCCCACGAUAUCAUGUUAUUUCUGUGUUUUUGAUUAAUGUCAACAGUGUAUGGUGAAUAAGCUAAAGAAACGGCAGGGAUGCAACCUACCGGUUUAUGUUUUUUACAAAGAUUUCAACAACACAUAAAACACUGGAAAUGUGCACUUCAAUAACAGUUUUACAGUUACACUGGUUACACAGUUAUUUGGUAACUGAACACUUGGUUACUCUGCAGCACAGUACAGUGCGACGUUUGCAGGCCAGUAUAGAUAAUUUAUCAAGAUCUACAGUUUAUGGUGAACUGAGCACACUAUAUGUUAGACUACGGUUACAGCGGCUUGACCACAAAAGUAUAGAUUUGUAUUUAUUUUUGAAAACAGUAUAUUUUUGAAAUGACACUUUAUACUGAUGUAAUGCUAGCAUUAUGUUGCAUGUUAUUUAAUAUCUAAUAAACAAUGACUGAAAAUG